AUGGUACCCCGCACCACCAAAAACGAGGAUACCGCAUCGAGUCAUCGCCAGCGGGCUCACGCCAAGACAUUUUCGGGCAAGGAGACCGAUUACUCCCAACCUUCUGCAAUGACGGAGCAGGCCGAGCGGCCUCCACUCGCGGCCUCCUCUGCAGCCUCAGCCUCCACCUCCGCCGGACAUUCGAUGCCUUUCACCUCUACCACCCCUCCCCCCGGCGCCGAUCCGCGGGACGGAGCCGUUGAGCAGGAGGAAGACGACGACGACCUGGACAUCUUCGACUCGGGCCUGUCCUCGCUCUUCAACGUACCUCCCAUCGGCUUCAGCUCCUCCCGCGGUAAACCACACGUCUACACGCCUCCCCCAACCUCUGGCCUCGGACCAGUUGACGUAUGGACGGCCUCUCCGCCAGCCUCAGUGUUCAGCAAGCUGCAAGCCCAGCAUCUCUGGCUCGCAGCCGUAUAUCUUGCCGAUAAGAUCGCCCUUGGUGCCAUUCAACCAGAGGGUAGUGUACUCGAGCUCGGGGCUGGGGCCGGGCUUCCGUCUGUCGUCACGGGACUGAGGCGGAAGGCGGACGGAGUCGCCAGACAGGGAGGGGAGGGAGAUGAUGGGGAGCACGGGGAGGUUGUCGUGUGCACGGACUAUGACGAUGAGACUGUCGUCGCCAACAUUGCCCGCAACGUCGCCGCUGCCUCCUCCCCCGUCAUCGUGAGGGGGCACUCGUGGGGCACGCCCACGGACGAGCUCCUUUCCUUCUCCCCCCAGGGCUACUCCCUGUUACUCGCCGACACGCUCUGGAGCACGGAGACGCACGGCAUCCUGCUCGACUCGAUCCUGGCCCUGCUCGCCAAGGAGGGCGUCGCACAUCUCGCCGCUGGAUUGCAUACGGGCCGCGGACCGCAUGAUCGCUUCAGAAAGUUGGCUGAGGAGAGGGGACUCGUGAUGGAGAAGAUGGAGGAGGUCAUUUAUGACUGUGGAGAGUGGAAGAGGCACGAGGACGAGGGCAUGGGCCUCGAGGAGGAGAGGGGAGUCGUUAUCUACUAUACCCUGCAUCGUUAA